AUGUCUGCCGCCUCCGCUUCUUCUUCUUCUUCUCUGUUAUUAUAUGGUAAUUCAAGACGAAACAGAGAAGAAGAAAAAGCCUUCUUGAGAGGCCAAGUCUUUGCGGAGAUGCCCAUGGCAAGAUUUUUCGGUGGUGCUUCUCCUACUACACCUUUCUGGUUCACCCCCAGAAGAACCUCUCGCCGCCGUUCGUUCCCACCUCGCCGUCAACGCCACCUCGCCGUUGCUGCGUCCUUGCCGUUCGUUGCCAGCUCUGUAAUUUGUGCCAAAAUUGCUGGGUUGACUGUUGACGAGAUGGCGAAGACAUGCUAUAUGUUGUAUGCAAAGGAUCUUUCAAUUAUUUGGGGCGAUGAUUCUCGUUACUGGCGUUGGCUGCUUCCAGAAGGAACGAGUUGUCAUACCAACAAGAUGGCUGAACUAAUUAACGUAUGUUGGCUAGAAGUGCAUGGGAAUUUUGAUACAACGAAGCUGUCGCAUGAAACCUUGUAUGAAGUGUCAUUUGUUGUAAAGUUGAAAUCCAACGCUUCUGGUUGGAACAAUCCAAUGAAUGUUGAACUCACUCUCCCGGACGGAAGCAAGCAUGUGAACAAAGUCGAUAUGUCGAAAAAACCGAGAGAACAAUGGUUGGAGAUCCCUGCCGGAAAAUUUAGAACAUUCCCCGGAAAUUAUGGCGAACUAAAAUUCCACAUGGGCGAACAUGACGACAGAUAUUGGGAGAGCGGGUUGAUCGUCAUGGGUGUCCAGAUACUGCCAAAGAUGAUAUAGUGAUCUUUGAUCUGAAAGGAGGAGUGAUUUAUAAGCGAAUGACAGAUAUUUGGCAAAUAAUCUGCCUUAUAUGAUUUGGACUUUCAGCUUUACUUUGUUCUAUGUUUUUAAACAGAGUAAAUUAAUGUACAUGAAUGUCAGAAAUAAAUAUGGAGUGAAUUCAUAUGUAUGUGAGAAAUAAUGCACUGGAGAUGAUCAGUCUCAUAAAAGGUAGUUUAAAAGGAUUUCUACCCUUUAUUUCACUUCUUAUGGAAAGCAAGAGCGUAACAAAUAUAUUU